CUCAUCUAAUUUACUAUUCCACCCGCGAGCCACCAGCCAGUAAAAUUUCACUUUUAUAUGGUCCAGAUUCGCGAGGGAGCGAGAGAUUUCACCAAUAAAUCACGGAAAAUAGAAAUCAGUGCCCGACCGCUGCAACGAUGACGUCUAAGCUGGAGAUCAACGUACGAAGUCUAAUCGCGCAGUGCGAGGAGAUAGUUUCGGCCGAUCAGCAGGACUGGAGACUGAAAAAGUACAUCCGGUCGCUGGAUACGAUGAUCCUGGAGCUGGAGGAACAGUUUGAGAAACCAGAAGAUAAAUUGAUAACGGAGUAUCGAAAUAGAUGUGCCGAGCUGAAGAAGGCCUCCAAUUAUGUCGAACCGUCGCCCGCGGAACAGCGAAGAUUGAAAACCAAAUCCAAAGCAGCGGCUACCGAGUCCGGUGAGGACGUACUGCGCGAGAUUCGUCAGAUUCACGAUCAAAAGUUUCAGAAAGAAAUGCGCAGUGAACUGUUUAACGGUAAUUUUUCCACCAUUCGACGGCGGGCCGGCCAGAAGGUAGCGGAAAAUCUGGAACAAACGGUCAAACAAUACUCGGACAUUCAGGAAAAGAUAGCGGAGGAUAUGCUGAUGCUUACGCGGAAUUUGAAGGAGCAAACCGAAACUGCCAACAAGAUUAUCAAAAAAGACACAGAGAUUGUCAGUAAGUCAUCCAAAUUAUCUGAUCAGAAUAUGUCCUCGCUAACAGCUGAAUCGGCUAAGCUGCAGGAAAGUUCGAAAAAAGCGUGGAAAUGUUGGAUGUGGCUUAUGAUAGGGCUCGUCAUGAUGAUUUUCAUCUUUAUGGUACUAUUUAUGAAGAUUAUGAAGAAAAAAACUUAUUGAUAAUCCAACCGGGAAACUUUCGGACUCUCGCUUUAAAAUGAAGAAAAACGGAAGAAUAAAUUUUACAGUAUUUAACCCACAACCUUUUGAUGGUGGAAAUCAAAGGCAAACACGAUU